CUGCAUAGAUAUAGGCUUCACAGAGCACCAGGGGGUCAGUCAAGUUUUCUCUCGCUCCCAGCUUAAGCAUGAAGUUGCUCAUUCUGGUCGCCCUCUUUGGGCUCGGCUUUGCCCAGCACGACCCCCACACCAAGCACGGAAGGACAGCCAUCGUCCACCUGUUUGAGUGGCGCUGGGCCGACAUCGCUGCUGAGUGCGAACGCUUCUUGGCUCCGAACGGCUAUGCAGGAGUUCAGAUCUCUCCGCCAAAUGAGCACAUCGUGUUGAACAGUCCCUGGAGGCCCUGGUGGCAGAGGUACCAGCCGAUCGGCUACAACCUGUGCUCCAGAUCUGGCAACGAGAAUGAGCUGAGAGACAUGAUCACCAGAUGCAACAACGUUGGGGUCAACAUCUAUGUGGAUGCGGUCGUCAACCACAUGUGUGGAGCUGGGGGUGGAGAGGGAACCCACUCCUCAUGUGGCAGCUGGUUCAGCGCCGGCAGAAAGGACUUCCCUAGUGUCCCCUUCUCCUAUCGUGACUUCAACGACCACAAAUGCAGGACUGGCAGUGGCAAUAUUGAAAACUACGGUGAUGCUAAUCAGGUGCGCGACUGUCGUCUCGUUGGUCUUUUGGACCUCGCCCUGGAGAAUGACUACGUUAGAAGCAAGGUGGCCGCAUUCAUGAACAAGCUGAUUGACAUGGGCGUGGCUGGAUUCAGAGUGGACGCCUGCAAGCACAUGUGGCCCGGUGACCUGCAAGCGGUCUACGGCCGUCUGCACAACCUCAACACCAGGUGGUUUUCAGGAGGCUCCAGACCCUUCAUCUUCCAGGAGGUUAUUGAUCUGGGAGGUGAACCCAUCACGUCUAGGGAGUACUUCCAUCUGGGAAGAGUGACCGAGUUCAAAUAUGGUGCCAAACUGGGAACUAUCUUCAGAAAAUGGAACGGUGAAAAGCUGUCUUACACCAAGAACUGGGGAGAGGGAUGGGGCUUCAUGCCCAACGGCAACGCCCUCGUCUUUGUUGACAACCACGACAACCAGAGAGGCCAUGGUGCCGGUGGUGCAUCCAUUGUUUCCUUCUGGGACUCUAGGCUCCACAAGAUGGCUGUCGCCUACAUGCUGGCCCACCCUUACGGAGUCGCCAGGGUCAUGUCUAGCUUCCGCUGGAACCGCCACAUCGUGAACGGAAAAGAUCAGAAUGACUGGAUGGGCCCUCCCAGCCACGGUGACGGAUCCACCAAGCCUGUUCCCGUCAACCCUGACCAGACUUGCGGAGAUGGCUGGGUGUGUGAGCACAGAUGGCGUCAGAUCAAGAACAUGGCAAUCUUCCGUAACGUGGUCAAUGGACAGCCUCACGCCAACUGGUGGGACAACGGCAGCAACCAGGUUGCCUUUGGACGUGGAAAUCGUGGUUUCAUCGUGUUUAAUAACGAUGACUGGGACCUGGAUGUGACCCUGAACACCGGCAUGCCUGGGGGAACCUACUGUGACAUCAUUUCUGGCCAGAAAGAAGGAAACAGGUGCACUGGGAAGCAGAUCGGUGUUGGUGGCGACGGCCGCGCCCACUUCAGGAUCAGCAACAGAGAUGAAGACCCCUUCGUUGCUAUUCACGCGGAUUCCAAAUUGUGAAGACUGUUCAUAACGACUUAAAUCAUAAACUAGAUGUUUACUGACUUAUAUUAUUUUGGAGCAAUAAAAAAUAUUAAAGACA